AUGUACAUAAAAAAAGUAAUAAUUCAAGGUUUCCGGAGUUACCGAGAUCAAACAUGCCCGGAAGAAUUCAGCCCUCAUCACAAUAUUAUUGUUGGUAGAAAUGGCUCCGGAAAAUCGAAUUUUUUCCAAGCGAUUCAAUUUGUCCUGUCAGACGAGUACAGCCAUCUCAGUAACCAAGAGCGGCAAAAUUUGCUUCAUGAGGGUACGGGCCCUAGGGUUAUUUCGGCAUACGUGGAAAUGAUUUUUGAUAACAGUGACAACCGGAUUCCGUUUGAUAAAAAUGAAGUUUCGUUACGCCGCAUCAUUGGAAGCAAGAAGGACCAAUACUUUCUCGACAAAAAGAUGGUCACUAAGGCGGAUGUCAUGAAUAUGUUGGAGAGCGCCGGCUUCUCUCGCAGCAAUCCCUAUUACAUCGUAAAACAAGGAAAGAUUACACAGUUGGCCACUUCUCCUGACAGCCAACGUCUAAAACUCCUACGUGAAGUCGCCGGAACUCGAGUCUAUGAUGAACGCAAAGAAGAAAGCAAGCAGAUCUUUCGCGAAUCAGAAGCUAAACGCGAACAGAUUUCCGAGUUGCUUAACAGUAUCGAAGAACGUCUUCGAACACUAGAGAACGAGACCAAAGAACUGAAGGAAUAUCAAAAAUGGGAUCGAGAUCGACGAGCACUUGAAUAUACAAUUUAUGAUAGAGAAUUGAAGGAAACAAGAAAAAAACUAGAAGAACUGCAGGCAAGAAGAGAACAAAGCAGCGAGAGUACAGCUGAAACACGCCGAGCCGCAAAGGAAACUGCAGAUCAGAUUGAGGUGAGUUUCUGA